CUCCAAAACCCAACUCUCACAAAAAUACAAAUACAGAAAUAGAAAUGGUAGGCAACAAAAACAUAAUUUCCUAGGAAAGAAAGAGGGCAACAUCAUCAAAUCAAAAAUGUCAUCCCAAAUUGUUGCAUCACUCGUGCUACUUUGCUACUUCUCUCACACUCAAAUCUCAGCAUCAGCACCUUCAAUUCUUGCUGAUCAUCAUGAAGAUGAAGAUUCAACCAUUAAAACUAUGCACCAGUUUUCUGGAUAUCCUUCUUCUGAACCGAACCAUGAUUCUCUCUCCUCGCUCACCCUCGAUACUCAAUCAUUGCAGAAUCAGAUUGAUGAGUUAGCUACUUUUUCUGAUUCUCCUCCUCCAUCGGUUACAAGGGUUCUCUAUACCGACAAGGACGUCGCUGCUCGGAGGUAUAUCAAAAACUUGAUGGGACUUGCUGGUCUUUCAGUCAGGGAGGAUACCAUCGGUAACAUAUUCGGUCGAUGGGAUGGUUAUGAACCAGAACUUGCUGCUGUAGGAACUGGUUCUCACAUAGAUGCUAUUCCAUAUUCCGGAAAGUAUGAUGGAGUUGUUGGUGUCCUAGGUGCAAUAGAAGCCAUUAAUGUGCUGAAGAAGGCUGGAUUCAAGCCAAAACGGUCAUUGGAGGUGAUAAUGUUCACAUCAGAAGAGCCUACCAGGUUUGGGAUCAGCUGCUUAGGAAGCCGUUUGAUAGCAGGAAGUGAUACCCUUGAAAAAGCUCUGAAGAACACGUAUGAUAGUCAAAAUGUAUCUUUUUCAGAUGCUGCCAAAUCUGCUGGAUAUGUCAGGGAUAACGAUGACCUGUCUGGUGUGCUUUUGAAAUAUGGAACUUACUCUGGAUUUGUGGAGUUGCAUAUAGAGCAGGGGCCAAUUUUGGAAGCUGAAGGUAUUCCUAUUGGUAUUGUUACUGCCAUUGCUGCUCCUGCUAGUAUCAAAGUGGACUUUGAAGGGGAAGGAGGUCAUGCUGGUGCUGCCUUGAUGCCAAACAGAAAUGAUGCAGGAUUAGCUGCUGCAGAGUUAGCAUUGGCUCUUGAAAGGCAUGUUUUGGAAUCUGGCUCUAUUGACACUGUUGGAACUGUUGGCAUACUUGACCUACACCCUAGAGCUGUCAAUAGCAUCCCGAGCAAGGCACAUGUGGAGAUAGACACACGUGACAUCAAUGAAACGAGAAGAAACAUCGUUGUUGAGAAAAUCCAUCAGUCUGCUGUUGAAAUAGCCAAAAAACGCAAGGUCAGGCUAUCAGGAUUUGAAAUUGUGAAUCAAGAUCCUCCAGCUCUUGCUGACAAGAAAGUAAUUGAAGCAAUGGAAGCUUCAUCACGCGAGCUGAAUUUGGACUACAAACUGAUGGUUAGCAGAGCAUACCAUGAUUCCCUAUUUAUGGCCAGGGUAUCUCCAAUGGGAAUGAUUUUCAUUCCAUGCUAUAAAGGGUAUAGUCAUAAACCUGAAGAGUAUGCAGCUCCGAAAGAUUUGGCUAAUGGGGUCAAGGUGUUGGCACUAACCCUAGCAAAAUUGUCCGUUUCCUGAGGCUCAACUGUAGGUCCUUGUUAGAACUUCAACUAAUCUAUGUUUCCAGUUUCUGUUAUCCUUAUUUAAGGUACUCUAUACUUUAAAUAAUGUAGUGGUACAUUCACAUCUUGUAUAUUUAUAAUGAUCGAAGUACUUGACAUUGCUCCUUUUUCGUAGAAGAUUAAUACAAGGAAAGUCAAUCUCAA